UCGGCCGCCCCGUCGGCGCCGCGGUGCGCCCGCGGAGGGGCGGCGCAGGAGGCGGCAGCUCAGCGGCGGCAACUUUUGGGAGCCGGCAGUGGCAGCGCGGAGGCUGCGCGGAGGAUGGCGGCGGUGGUGGCGGCGAGGCGGCGGCGCUGAAGGUAGCGGCGACGAGAUGCCGGCGGCGGCCGGGGGGCUGCUGUGGUGGAGCUGCUGCGUGUUGGUGGCGGCGGCCGGGGCCCCUCGGGCCGCCGCGGCGGCGCAGGCAGUGUGUGCUGGCACCGAGAACAAGCUGAGCUCCCUCUCUGACCUGGAGCAGCAGUACCGAGCCCUGCGCAAGUACUAUGAGAACUGUGAGGUAGUGAUGGGCAACCUGGAAAUCACCAGCAUCGAGCACAACAGGGACCUCUCCUUCCUGCGGUCCAUCCGAGAGGUCACCGGCUACGUCUUGGUGGCGCUGAACCAGUUUGAGUACCUGCCCCUGGAGAACCUGCGCAUCAUUCGCGGCACCAAGCUGUACGAGGAGCGCUAUGCUCUGGCCAUCUUUCUGAACUACAGGAAGGAUGGCAACUUCGGGCUCCGGGAGCUCGGCUUGAGGAACUUGACAGAAAUACUGAACGGAGGAGUCUAUGUUGGCCAGAACAAAUUCCUGUGCUUCGCAGACACCAUCCACUGGCAGGACAUUGUGCGCAACCCCUGGGCCUCCAACUUCACCUUGGUUCCAACGAAUGGCAGCUCAGGAUGUGGCCGAUGCCAUAAGUCCUGCACAGGCCGCUGCUGGGGACCCACAGAGCAUCACUGCCAGACCUUGACCAAGACGGUGUGUGCGGAGCAGUGCGACGGACGCUGCUACGGGCCCUACGUCAGCGACUGCUGCCACCGCGAGUGCGCUGGAGGCUGCUCCGGACCCAAGGACACCGACUGCUUUGCCUGCAUGAAUUUCAACGACAGCGGCGCCUGCGUCACGCAGUGCCCCCAGACCUUUGUCUACAACCCGACCACCUUCCAGCUGGAGCACAACCACAACGCCAAGUACACCUAUGGGGCUUUUUGCGUCAAGAAGUGCCCACAUAACUUCGUGGUAGAUUCCAGCUCUUGUGUCCGCGCAUGUCCGAGCUCCAAGAUGGAGGUGGAAGAAAAUGGCAUUAAGAUGUGCAAGCCCUGCACUGACAUUUGUCCUAAAGCAUGUGAUGGCAUUGGGACGGGGAGUUUAGUGUCAGCUCAGACGGUGGACUCCAGCAACAUUGACAAGUUCAUCAACUGUACCAAGAUCAAUGGCAACCUCAUCUUUCUUGUUACUGGGAUUCAUGGAGACCCAUAUCACACAAUUGCUGCAAUCAAUCCAGAGAAGUUAAACAUCUUCCAAACCGUGCGGGAGAUCACAGGGUAUUUGAACAUACAGUCGUGGCCUGAGAACAUGACAGAUUUCAGGGUGUUCUCCAACUUGGUUACUAUCGGUGGCAGAGCUCUCUACAGUGGCCUUUCCUUACUCAUCCUGAAGCAGCAAGGCAUCACCUCUCUGCAGUUUCAGUCCCUGAAGCAAAUCAGUGCUGGCAACAUCUACAUAACGGACAACAGCAAUUUGUGCUACUACCACACUGUCAACUGGAGCAGCCUCUUCAGCACACCCACGCAGAAGACAGUGAUCCACCGAAACAAGAGGGCAGAGAACUGCACUGCUGAUGGAAUGGUGUGCAACGAGUUAUGCUCCAGCGAUGGCUGCUGGGGGCCAGGACCUGACCAGUGUCUCUCCUGCAAGCGCUUCAUCAGGGGAAGGACCUGCAUAGGCUCUUGCAACCUCUAUGAUGGGGAGUUCCGGGAGUUUGCCAACGGCUCUGUGUGUGUGGAGUGCGAUCCCCAGUGUGAGAAGAUGGAGGAGAGCAUCCUCACCUGCUACGGGCCGGGUCCUGACCACUGCACGAAGUGUUUCCAUUUUAAGGAUGGCCCAAAUUGUGUGGAAAAGUGUCCUGAUGGCUUGCAGGGGGCCAACAGCUUCAUCUUCAAAUACGCCGAUGAGGAUCGUGAGUGCCAUCCAUGCCAUCCAAACUGCACCCAAGGGUGCAUAGGGCCGCGCAUGGAGGACUGCAUCGGCCUGAUGGAUAGGUGUAGAGGUCCCGCUAGUCAUGACUGCAUUUACUAUCCAUGGACACGCCAGUCCGCUUUACCACCACACGCUAGAACCCCCCUGAUUGCUGCGGGAGUUAUUGGUGGCCUCUUCAUCAUCGUCAUCAUGGGCCUGACAUUUGCCGUCUACGUCCGUCGCAAGAGCAUUAAAAAGAAGAGAGCACUGCGAAGAUUCCUGGAGACUGAGCUUGUGGAACCGCUGACUCCAAGUGGCACAGCACCCAACCAAGCACAGCUUCGUAUCCUGAAGGAAACUGAGCUGAAACGAGUCAAGGUUCUUGGCUCUGGAGCCUUUGGAACCGUCUACAAGGGUAUUUGGGUCCCUGAGGGAGAAACUGUAAAGAUUCCUGUGGCAAUUAAGAUCCUUAAUGAGACCACUGGUCCCAAGGCCAAUGUGGAGUUCAUGGAUGAAGCUCUGAUCAUGGCCAGCAUGGACCACCCACACCUGGUGAGACUCCUGGGUGUCUGCCUCAGCCCCACCAUUCAGCUGGUCACUCAGCUGAUGCCGCAUGGCUGCCUGCUGGAUUAUGUUCAUGAACAUAAGGAUAACAUUGGCUCCCAGCUUCUGCUCAACUGGUGUGUCCAAAUAGCUAAGGGAAUGAUGUACUUGGAGGAGAGGAGGCUUGUCCACCGAGACCUGGCAGCCCGGAACGUCUUGGUGAAAUCACCGAACCAUGUGAAGAUCACUGACUUCGGCUUGGCCAGGCUUCUGGAAGGGGACGAGAAGGAGUAUAAUGCUGAUGGAGGGAAGAUGCCAAUUAAGUGGAUGGCUCUGGAGUGCAUACACUACAGGAAAUUCACCCACCAGAGUGACGUCUGGAGCUAUGGAGUCACUAUCUGGGAGCUUAUGACCUUUGGUGGGAAGCCGUACGAUGGAAUCCCCACUCGAGAGAUCCCUGACCUCUUGGAGAAAGGAGAGCGGUUGCCCCAGCCUCCCAUCUGUACUAUUGAUGUUUAUAUGGUGAUGGUGAAGUGCUGGAUGAUCGACGCAGACAGUCGGCCGAAAUUCAAGGAGCUGGCUGCUGAGUUCUCCAGAAUGGCUCGAGACCCUCAGAGGUACCUGGUGAUCCAGGGAGAUGAUCGUAUGAAGCUCCCAAGCCCAAAUGACAGCAAGUUCUUCCAAAACCUUCUUGAUGAGGAAGACCUGGAAGACAUGAUGGAUGCUGAAGAGUAUCUUGUUCCUCAAGCCUUCAACAUCCCUCCUCCCAUCUACACCUCCAGGACAAGAGUUGAUUCCAACAGGAGUGAAAUGGGACACAGCCCUCCUCCUGCCUACACCCCUAUGUCAGGAAACCAGUUUGUGUACAGAGAUGGUGGCUAUGCUGCGGAGGUGCCGAUGCCGUACCGAGCUCCCGGCUGCAUCCCAGAAGCGCCAGCUGCUCAGGGGGCCGCGGCAGAGGCCUUUGGGGACGCCUGCUGUAACGGCACACUGCGAAAGCAAGUUGCAGCCUUGACAAAAGAGGACAGCAGCACCCAGAGGUACAGCGCUGACCCCACCGUCUUUAUACCUGAGCGGGUGGCCCAGGGAGAGCUGGAUGAGGAUGGCUACAUGACGCCCAUGCGGGACAAACCUAAAACAGAUUACCUGAAGCCAGUGGAAGAGAACCCCUUUGUUUCCAGGCGGAAGAAUGGAGACCUGCAAGCUGUGGACAACCCUGAAUACCACAAGGCUGCAAAUGGGCAGCCUGAGGCAGAGGAUGAGUACAUCACUGAGCCCCUGUACCUCAACACCUUUGCCAACACCUUGGAGAACGCCGAGUACCUGAAGACCAAUCUGCCAGAGAAGGCCAAGAAGGCCUUUGACAACCCAGACUACUGGAACCACAGCCUGCCCCCACGAAGCACCCUCCACCACCCAGACUACCUGCAGGAGUACAGCACAAAAUACUUUUACAAACAGAAUGGUCGGAUCCGGCCCAUUGUGGCAGAGAAUCCUGAAUACCUCUCCGAGUUCUCCCUGAAGCCUGGCACUGUGCUGCCCCCCCCACCCUACAGACACCGAAAUACCGUGGUGUAGUGCUGGUGGGCUGUGGAAGUGGAAAGACAACCCCUUCUAACUGCCUCACUCUUUCAUUCUCCUUUCCCUCCCUCCUCCCCUUUCUCCCAUGAGCUUCCUCUUCUUGCCAGUUCACACAUUUUUGAUAUUUCCAAGUGAAAGGAUCUCUUGGAGCUGUUUGCAGAUUGAGUUGAGCACCAGGAAGGAAGGAAGGAGACUGAAAGAAGGCUUGCCCAGGCUGGUGUUUCUUCCUUUCCACAGACACAGAGGGUUGGACCGCCAGAGAAGCCAGAUGGCACCAGCAAAGGCCAGUGGCAGUGUUGCCUGCUGUCGAGCUAGUUCUGUGACUGCUCCUUUCAGCAGGAACUGAUCAGACUCUACAGCAUUCCUGGGAACCUCUGUGCAGUUUCCAUGAGGGGGAAACCUGGACAAUUUUUCUAUCACGUGUGGUGGCAUAGUAGUGGAGAUUGAGAAUCCAGUUGCUUUCUCUAACACUUUCUGCCCCAGCACCUGCGAAUGGCUAACCUGGCUUGUUCAGAUCCUCAGCGUGGCUUUCCAAGAAACGAUGAUGUGACUCUAACACGGCCAAACCCUUUUCCUGAGCCACACCAUGAUUUCCUGCCAAGUCCUAGCCGCAGAGGUACCCACUCGCAACUGGUACACGACACAACCAUUUUUGUAUGCGUGCCAACUUGGCGCUGUCAACACAAAAACCCACUCAGAAGGCAGCCACAAAACCAUGCCUCCAACCUGUUAUUUUCUGAAGCUAAAAGACAUGCCAAGAAGCCAAGAUUUGUAAGCAGAAAGCUUCGCUUCCCUGUUUUAUACCUGCUGACUACGAGUACAUAAAGCGACCCAAACAAAUUCUUUCCUUUUUUUCUUCUUCAUGAUCAUGAAGGGAGUUGGGGAUGCUGUCAGGCAACACUGAGCACAAGACAGAGAACCGGAGACUUUGCUGUGGGUCAUGAAGUCUGCUGGUGUUCUGUGGGGUGGUUGUGGGAAGGGUCCUGGAAAACUGGAAGACAGACACUGGACUGGAGAAACGCACAUAGAAUUCCACUGGAAAGUUAGUUUGCACUUAAGCUCUGAUUUUAUUUGAACUGUUUUCUGGAUUUUGAAUGAAGCAAUAUGGAAGUGACCAGCAAAAUACAAACCAAUAAUUUUAAAUUAAAAGUAAUGGAUUGUAUGUAAAGGAUGACUGUGGAAAUGCCAAAAUGAAGAAAUCAAGGCUUUGGAAUGCCUGCCAGUCUGGAGAGGCCAUUGCACCAACUGUGGCGUAAAGCGGUGACAGAGCUGCCAGCUCUUACUGCUGCCACAUGAAGGACAGCAGAGCAAGCUCUGAGAGGGAUCAGAGAAGGCAAGAUCUUGCUCUGCCUUGCAGUGUGGAACAGAAUCCUCUUUUCUAAGAAGCACAGAAGGUGGUGCUUACAAGGCUUGAGAAGUCAAGAUGUGCAUGACUGGCAGAGCUCUCUGUCAAAAAUGUAAAUAAGUAUGAGUCAGUCUCCCCGCACUUAGUUAAGCUUUCAUCAACCUCAGUUUUUAGGUAGACACCCCCACCCCACCCCCUCUUUGGAAAUACCUUUCAGCCAGAGUUCUGGACAUUUUUAGCAGCCUGUGGCAGAUGGAGCCAGGAAGGGAGGUGUAAGGGCCAGAGACACUGAUGGUUUGCUCUAGACACGCCAAGAGCCAUGUGCGUGAGAGCAUUUGUGUACCUAGUUCCCCACAAUUCUUAAGGAACUGUGAAGCACCCCUGAAGAUCAGCCAAUGUCUCUAUCCAGCACGCCUUCUAAAGGGGAAGAAACAACACCUGGUGGAUGGCAGUCUUGGGGGACACAACAGUAUUUCAGUUUAUGCACGUUGAUGCUGUUAAAGCUGAGAUCUUUGGGAUGACCUAACCUGGCAACAAAACCAGCAACAACCAGUGGGCUGACAAUGACAUCCAGCUCCUCCAAAUUCCUGCCGUCUCAACAGCUUGCCACCUUUAAUUGUAGGGAAGCAGACGGAGGAGUAAAAAACAGGCAAUAGUUACCUAAAUCUUGCUGGCUGAGGGUCAGCUUGGCACAGGUAUGAAGAGAUUUCAAACCUAGGUUAGUUGUAGUGCUUGUAGAUGGGAAAUGAAUUGUGUAUGAUGGCUAGGUCAACGUUGGUUCAGCCAACAGCCUGUUUCUGCCUCAAGUAUGUUCAGGCCAGCUUGAACAAGCCGCAGGGUGGAGGUGAAGCCUGUAAACCAAGUGUGUAGCUGAAGAGGCUGAAAACAGCAAGAACAAGUGCAGCUCUUUAGUGCUUCUGAAAGGAGAUGUUGGGUCAAGUGUUACCGAGGUAGUUUGUGGUGGCAGAACGAAAAGAGCAGCAUGCCACUCAGGUAGGAUAGAUGGUUCUAAGCAAGCACAUUGUGCCUCUGAGAGGCCUCACCUCUUCCUGGUACCCUCAUGAGCUUGGCAGGAGGCAAAGCCAGGCACUGGGCAGGGGCUGGGGUUGAGAGAGGUGGCAUGAGCUGAGACUCCAGGGCAGGUUUGCCAGUGGCAGUGUGCACAGAGUGUUGUCUGAAGUAUAGGCAAAGGUCUCAUAGGUUGGGAUGCAGUUGCUAAGCUGCAAAGAGAGGCCUUGGAGACAAACUAGCACAGGAGUGUGAGUGUCCUGUUUCAGCACAGGAGCAGCUGGGGCUGCAGGGGUAGGUGGAGAAAGGGCUUGAUUUGUUCUAGAACAGGCUUUGUGACAGCGUAACUCCUAAUGGAGCAAAAUCAAAAUCCUGGUACAGCUGAGGUGUUUGGGUUCAGACAGGUGCUGCUGGAGAGGCUGCUGGGGAAGAAGAAUGCACCCUGCCAAACUCUGGUGAGGUGGCAGUUCUGGGACAUAGCUGCUAAUGGAAGUUGAGGCCUGAUGGUUUCUCUGGUGAUUAAGCACUGCUGGUGUUGGAAACAAGCCUGUGGAAUCAUCACAUGUAAAUAAGUGUGGGGUUUAACAAUCCAACAUUUGAUUUCUUACAAACUUGACUUAUUUAAUCAUUUCACUUGUGGACUGUGGGUGUGAUGUUAUAUAUUAAGUAGCAUGGAAAUGCAGAGGUUCCUUAAGUGAGGCAUCAUGAAGACCAGAACAGAAGCUGUCUUCUUCUGGGGCUCUCAUGGGCAGCGGUGCAGAACUGUGCAGUGCCUCAAAUAGCAGAGGGCAAAAGAAGAGUUAAAGAAGACAGAAAUGGCUGAUGGUGGAAAACUCGAUAGGCUGCAACUUCCCCAAUGGGCACCUUUUUUCAUCAGCUUCUGAUUUGGAUUGCAGUUCCCAGAAGGAGGCCUUUUGUUGACCUUUAUUGGUGCAUCUGUGCCUACAUGAUGCUGAGCGUCUGGUUAGGUGGUUCUGUUUCCCCACUCAGGACAGCAGUGUUCUGGGCACGACCCCUUAAAUGGGCUUAUGUCCUCUGGCAGAGUGGUGCCUCCGGGCUGCUUUGGCAGGUUUCUGUCUUUGACAAAGGAAGCUUAGCCAUGGUUAGAAAAGCAAAGCAGAGAGCAGAGCUGUUUGCCUGCUCUAACCUGACCAGCAGAAGUAUCUGACUGGUCUGAGCUUGCACAUUUGCCUUGGUGUGAGUAUAGCUGCAGGCUUGGGGGCAAGUUUGAGCGAAUGUAUGUGGUGGAAUCGUGGCAAAUACUCAGACUACUGCAAUGGGGGAGACAAGGGUCAGGGGCAGUUAGAGCAGUUAGAGGUUUGGGGGAAGCAGAUGUUUCCACGCGGAUUACACUUUGUCAGCCAAGGCAGAGGGUGAGUGCACCGGCACAAGCGUGUGGGCUGGCCGUGGUGCAGUCUCCGCAGCAGUGGCAGUGUGCAGCUGCCAGGCUGCAUGGAUGUGGCAGUGCAGGGGCUGGGUGGCAAACACUGUCUCCCAUCUCUGGCCUGUGCGUCGGGGGCGCGGUGACUUCUCACCAGCGGGUGUCAGCUAUUGUCCAAGGCACUGAGGAGGACACUCAGUGAACGAGAACCGCAUCUGGCUCUUCCUUAAUCGCUUUCAGGGGUACUUGGAUUAGAUGUUCCUAUCUGCCUGAGGGUAACUUCUAGCAGGGGUGGAGACACAUCUGAGUGACUUGCUGUAACAUGAUUGACUGGAGCCAAAUACUUUUACGUUUCCUUGUCCAGCCCUUUUCUGCUUUUUCUGCCCAGUAGCCAGGAGGGAUUCUUCCAUGGCCAUUCGCUCAAGCGGUAGCAGUGUGUUUGCUACUUGCUCUCAGAGAGGUUGCCUGUCGCAGGUAGGAAGCAGUGGAAAUGAAGGCAGGUAAGUAUCAGCAGUAGGAACCACUAUGGAGGUCUGUUUCAGGUACUCUGAUCUCAGCCCAGAAACCCUUUUCCCUGUGCAGAGAAAGGGAGGGUUAACCCUGGUUGCACCUCUUAUCUGGUGCAUACAAUUCCUGCAGCCAAGAAUGCAUUUCUUAGCUGCAGGAAUUGUAUGCAGUAAUCUCAUGCUAGUUAUUUCCUGGAUGAAUGGAAAAAUGCCUUUCCUGUCCUGCCCCACAUGUGAUGUGGGACCCAAAGGCUGCAUGCAAGGGCCACCUGUGUCAAUAUGGUGCUGGACAGGGCAGCCUAUACACAUGCCACACAUCCCAUACUGGUUUCCAGUAAAGAGAGGGAGGUACAGGGGAGCAUUUCACCCCACCCUGAGAUAUCACCAGUCCCAGCCUCCAUGCAUGGAAAAUCAGAGAGCAGCUUGGUCCCAGUUGUGAUCUAAUGUGUUAAGUAGUGUGGGAAUGCAGAGCUUUCCUUGAAGUGAGGCAGCAAGACCAGAACAGGAGCUAUAGACCGAGCUGGGCAGUAUGGAUCAAAGCUGUCAUCUGGGUCAGCCUAGAAAUGAUUCUUCAGCUUGUGGGGAAAGGUUGAGGAUGGGCUUAUAUGGGAAACUCAGUAAAGUAGGUGUUCCUGCAUGAUGACAGCUAAAGGAAGAGGUUUCUUGGGUUCCUUUGUACCACCUGGGAGAUGAGGAGGCUCUGGCAGAAGGCAGAAUUAGGUGGCUAGUCAUGUAAUGCCCCAGCACAGCUAAAGGUGUCCCAGUCAGCUGUGCUUCCUCCAGGGAGCCCUCUGCACUCUGUGAAGGCAUCUCACGAAGGAAGGCAUAGCAGCUGCUGCAGCACCCAUGGACUGCAGACACUCUGUCCGCAGACACUUAGAGGGGGAGGGGACAGGAGUGGCCCAGGGACUGGCAGCUGGGGCAUCACUCACUGGUGGGGAUGGGUUUUCCCCUCAUUUGACACAACUGGUGUGCCAGGGCUCCCUCCCUGCUUUCCCUGUCACUUCUUGGAGCUACUGAGCUUGGGAACACAUUUACCUUUUCUGAAGGCUGCUUAGCUUAAGGGGGGGCAGGUGAAAGACAGGCUUCAGCAUGAACCAGAGCUUGUUCGUGGCUCUUAAAGAACACCUCAAAGUGGAUGGUGUCACCUCGUAUUCCUGUCCACAGGUGGUGUUCCAUGCAGGCAGUGCACCCGUUCAUUUGUAGCUGUGUCACUUGCAAUCUACUCCUGGUGGAUCUUGGACCACUACUGCUGGCAAAAUAGCUCAGCUGUUGUUACAGAAGAGCUUGGGUUUGGGUUCAAAUUCUGCUUUAGAAAGCCAAGGCACUGGGGAGAGGGUUCAGGUUGGUAUUCACACUUCACCGUGUGCCAAGGAGCCACAGUCAUCCCACAGGGCAGCUUCUGGGCAGCGUCACUGUGUUUGCAGGAUCCCCUCUAUCUUCCAGCUCCUGCUGAGCAUUGCACAGGUAGAAAAGGUCUCUGCUGCAGGUGAGGCCUUCACACUGGGAGUAAGUAGCAGAACUAAAGCUCAGUGCUUAGAAACACCACUCUGAAAUGUGCAGCAACCACUUGUCACCACCUUUGCUUUACUUUGUCAGGAGGUCGUGUUCCCAUGGCUCUGUGUGGUGGGGCCCAGUGCUCGGCUGCAGAGCUCCUUGCUCCCGGGGAAGCCGCUGGCUGUCGGCAGGAUGCGGCAGUGACAGCUGGGGGCUGCCUGUAGGCUUGGGCCAUGCCGAGCAGCCUGUGGGGGAAACUCAGGGGGUCAGGCCUGGCUGAUGGUGGUGGGACUGGCUUGAAUUGCAGUCAAAUGCACCUCCUAACCAGUCAGGCUGGGAGGUGAUUCCAUCCAAGGCACCUUCUAGCUGGCAUCUGUGCCCAAGGAGCCAGGAAAGGGUGUGAAGGGGAAACCUCAGGACACAGUCUCAGUUAGGAAACAAGGGGAGUCAGAACUGCUUCUCUUUCCUUUUUUAUCGUUCUCUUUUGAGCCUGAGCUUUGUGAACCUUGGUAAAGGGAGGUUUUAAGGGGAGGUUUGUGAGGUGGUGUGCAGUGUGAAUAAUUACGUCCCAGCUCUUCUCCCCUCCCUAGUUAAAAAAAGCCAUGAAAUUGUGCUUCAGACGUGUCAUGGAUGAAGCCACCGUGGUAAAGGUGCACCCCAGGCAGCAGCCUCUUGCUGACAGUGAGGUAUGACCAGGGCACACACAGAUGUGGAGCCGUUGGCUGUCACUGCCUUGCGCUGGCCGUGAGCGCUGACCGGCAUUGAUUGGUCCCCACAACGCCACUGUCCCUGUACCCUGCCCAGCCUUUGGCCCUCUUAGGGAGCAAGCACUGUCUUGUCCAUAGCACUCUGAAGACUAAAGCCUUUUUGGGAUGACCACAGUAAGAGACUGUGAAUGGCAUUUUCUAAGUGUAGAUACGUAACCCUUCUUUCGAGGUAAGGUACUCUGACAUAUGUAGCAUAAACUGGUACUGCUGUUAAAUGGGUCGAUUAUUAACUGAGCAGCUGUGGGGGGGGUAGCUAACUUUGAAUGCACUAAACCACUGUUCAUUUGGAGACGAGGACUGCAGGGAGCUGCUAGGGACUUGUCCUUUGUGGUGGGCUGUGUAAAGAGAACAAUGCAGGUCAGUGAAAAUGUCACUUUUAGAGCAUUUUAACUUUGGGAAUCCCUACGCAUUUGAUACAUUACUCAUGAUGGUUUUAAUCCUUUUCUUUUGGCCCAGCUCUUGCUAUUUCCUCAACAAUCUGGAAUUUCUGGAGAGGCUGCAGCCCUAAACUGGAAUAGCUGGAGAGGCACCAGCCCUAAGCUGGAAUAGCUGGAGAGGCAGCAGCCCUAAACUGGAGUUUCUGAAGAGGCAGCAGCCCUAGCACAGGGUGAGAAAAGUGAGGAGAAAAUCAAGUCUCCUUCUAAAACCAGAGAUACUCAAAAUGCAUUUCCUGACCUGGCAGCCUUGAACUGUAGCCUUUCUCUUUUCUGAUGAGGCUCUGGUUCUCAGACCUGGAGGAUGACAUUACUGUCCCUUCAAGAAUCAAGGGCUGAGCUUUACUUGGAAGGCAAGGCAGGGACAGCAGCGAUCCCCUGCAAGACACCCAGGGUGGGUACAGCUGCCUCCAUGGGCCACGCUCACUGCAGCCAGCCUAGUCCAGGGGAGCCAAGGCAGGCGGAGAUGGGACAGAAGGGAGCUGGGCUUUAGCCAAUUGUCCAUGUUCUCCAAGUACAGAGACAAAAGAACAACAGUUCUGCCUUAUGAAGUACCUCCAGAAGAGGGGGAGCAGCAGUGUGCUGGGGAAGAUGCUCAUUUCUCGCAGUGAUGCAUUCAGAGUUAGCUGCCUUUCUGAAACAAAAAUAAAAACCUACUAAACCUACUGUAUGUUACUUUGAAAAUGUGAAUAGUAUUUUUAUAGCUUGUUAAAGAACACAGCUAGUUGCAUUUGUAAAUAAGGAUAAUGUUGCUUUUAUUUUCCUUGUGGACACCAUUAUUUGGAACAUAAUUGUCCUUAGGGUUGAUUUGUAUAUAGGUAAUUUGCUCGUGAUUUAAGCCGCUCCUCCCCUUUCCUUUCUCUCCCUUCCCACCCUCUGGUUUUGGUUUAGAAGUCCCAUUUUUGGCAUUCUGUGUGGUUCUGUGUUCUAGCACUAUCGUGGUGUGUUCAGCCUUCCUGCACUUGCUUACACAGUAGGGUAUGCCAGUCGUGCGUGGCGUAACGUUACUUUAACCUUUCGUUUCUCACCGCUGUGGAGGGUUAUGCACUGUUAACAUACUGACCUGGGUUAAUAUUAGCUACAUAUUUUAGCAUAAUUUCCCUUCUUUACAUGGUUUCUCGUUUUGUUCUUUUUCUCCUUUUCCUUUCCCUUUUGUCUUGUUUAGAGGCUGGGGAGAAGCCUGUGGACCUUCCCCUCGCGUGGUUCUGUUCUCCGCUGUGUGCAGUCCCGAGUUUCUCCUCGCGCCCUCGGGGUAGAGCUUUAUCUGUUUGUUAAGGCAAAUGUAGACUGCCGCCCACCUUGCAUCAGCCCCACGCUCAUCCCCGCUGAACAAUUUGGAAACUGUUCUGCCUUUUUGUUACAUGAAUCUGUCAGAAAUAUAUUUUUAAUUUAAUAUAAAUGAAAUUCAAUAAAAUACGAAACAAA